AUGUCAUAUGCCCUCAGCUGGGGAAUCACUUCCCAUUUCUUACAGCAGAUUUACUUACAUAAAAAUAUUUUCCUCUCACUCCUUUACUUCCUUUCUCUCUCUCUCUCUCUCUCUCUCUCUCUCCCUACUAUUCUUUUCUUUCUUUCUCAUCUUUCCUCUUAUUUUUACUUUUUCAGUUUCUUCUUUUUCUUUUUCCUUUCAGUCUAUAUUUUUCUCUCUCUAUUGUUCAUUCACCUAUUUCUCUACUUUUCUUUCCUUCGCAUUGUUUCUUCACUUCUCUCACUUCUCCAUCUCCCCCUCUCUUGUUCACUAGGCUAUUUCUUUAUUUCUCUUUUCUUCUUUCUUCUCACUCUCCUUUCAUUCUUUUUUCACUUCUCUCUCUCCCCUCUCUUGUUCGCUAGCCUAUUUCUUUCUCUUUCCUUCUUUCUUCUCACUCUCUUCUUUCAUUCUUUUUUCACUUCUCUCUCUCCCCUCUCUUGUUCACUAGCCUAUUUCUUUCUCUUUCCUUCUUUCUUCACUUCUCUCUCUCCCCCUCUCUUGUUCGCUAGCCUAUUUCUUUAUUUCUCUUUCCUUCUUUCUUCUCACUCUCCUUUCCUUCUUUCUUCACUUCUCUCUCUCCCCCCUCUCUUCCUAUUUCUUUAUUUCUCUUUCCUUCUUUCUUCUCACUCUCCUUUCCUUCUUUCUUCACUUCUCUCUCUCCCCCUCUCUUGUUCGCUAGCCUAUUUCUUUAUUUCUCUUUCCUUCUUUCUUCUCACUCUCCUUUCCUUCUUUCUUCACUUCUCUCACCCCCCUCUCUUGUUCGCUAGCCUAUUUCUUUAUUUCUCUUUCCUUCUUUCUUCUCACUCUCUUCUUUCCUACAUUCUUCACUUCUCUCUCUCCCCCUCUCUCGUUCACUAG